CUACACCAUUUCUUGGUUCUUCUAGUGUGGUUUUGUAGCUUGUGCAAAAUGAUACAGAACCUUUAGGAAUGGUAUGAACGAGAAUGAACAGGGAUAAUCCACAUCAGUUACCUAUGGUGAAAUGCCUUAACUAAUUAUGGUGAAAAUUAUCUUUCGUUUGCCAGCCCAGCAAAUCACAAUUAAACCCUAAGCAUAAAUACCACGACAGAAAUCGAAAAGAAAGAAUAAAUAAAUUAAAUACGUGGCUGAAUUUACACAUCAUACAUUGUGGUUUGUUAACUCUGUAUUUUCUCUUUAGUAAGCUGAAAAAUAAUGGGAUGUGUUCUAUUAAGAAGAUGGAGGACAGGCUGCAACAGCCCCAUGAGAUGUUUAAGGGCCAAUCGACAGGAGGAAAUGAGGCUACAACAUGUAGGCCUAGGCUACUUUCAUAGAAGUAGUCUAUUUCAGGGAUAUAUAGGCCUGCAGUAUGUGUUUGUUUAGUGUAUAAGCCCAUGCUAAGCACAUUAUGUGUUGGAUAUGCUUCAUGAUGCCUGAUUAGUGUGUGUGUGUGUGUGUAAUUGCUGUAGGGUUUUGGCAAUUCAUGAUAGGACACGCUACACUCUACUUUCAGAUCCAGAAAGAUUAGCACUGCUUUGUAUGAAGGUGUUACUAGUGGAAGAAGAGGAGGGUGGAGAUGAUAAAGAUGAGGAUCUGGAGUCUAACACCGUUCUGCUGGCAGAGUUAAACGAGCUUCUAAAAGAGGAUGGAACAGAAGCCUCCACUCUUCAGACAGAACCAUACACUCUGCCUCCCUCCACCACUGUGCCUUCCACUGGCUCUGAAGGCCUGGAGCUGCUCCUCAUUGGGCGGAUUGAUAUGUACUGUGCAGCCCUUCAGCAACCAGGGACAGCCAAAGCAGCGAGCAGAGCACGCAGAUACAGGAGGGGAUUAAAGCACACACAGAGACCACCCUGCAGGUUCUGAGCAGACUAAAGGAGUACAAACUGGCUGCUGUCCAAGCCAAACAAACAGGGGACAUGGAGCUGGCUAAACGUUACUAUCUGACAGCCAAGAAACUGGAGUCCAUAGCAAAAGCGUUAAAGGAAGGGGACUUUGCUCCAGACAUAAGAUCCAUACCUCCCCCUCCUGGUCAGACACCUCAGCAGUCUGGUCCUGAGGAUCAGCCUCCACUGCUGAGUCAGGACACUUCUCAAGAAGAGGACCAAGCUACCCCCGAGGCCUGCUGGGUAAAGAGCAUCUGUACUGGGCCAGAAACUCCAUGUGAACAGCUGGAGAUCAGAGCGUGUCGGCCCACUGACUGCCCUGCACUGCCUCAGGCUGAAGACACCUACACAUACCUGAUAGAUCUCUUCUUGCAGCAACAGCAGAGAUGCCUCUCCUACUGCCAGCAGUUCAGUCACAUGGGUAACAUUGAGGAGACCACCAGGUUUGAGGAACUUGCAGAAACAAGUGUGCAGCAUGCUGAAGAACUUAGGGAAUCUCAGAGAAGGGGAUAUCCUGUGCCAAAACACCACACAGAGGAGUGCAUCAUCAACACGUUUAAGAUUAACCCUGAUCUUACUGGCAAUGAGUUGGAGUUGAUCAUCGUAAGGGGCAUCAACCUCCCAGCAGUUACAGGAGCCUCUUCAGCUCAUGUAGACACAAUUGUACGCUUUGAGUUUCAGUUCCCAAGUUUGGAAGAAGCUCAAAAGGAUCAAACACGGCCUGUUAAAGACUCAGUUAAUCCAGUCUUUAAUGAACAUUUCAAGCUCUUUGUGAAAAAAGAUCAUCGUGCCUUCAAAAGAGUGAUACUGUCUAAAGGCAUCAAAUUUGAGAUCCUUCACAAGGAGGGCCUGUUCAAGACUGAUAAAGUGGUUGGUAGUGGACAGCUGAAGCUGGACUCCUUAGACACCCAAUGUGAAAUUCGACAACUGAUUGAGGUCAUGAACAGGAGGAAAGCCACAGGAGGCCACGUGGAGGUGCAGGUGAGGGUGCGGGAGCCUCUCGGGGGACCACAGCCCCACACGGUGUCCCAAUGUUGGCUGGUCCUGGACUCCCUCCCCAUCCCUUGGGCUUUGCCUCCCAAAUCCAGGCCCCAGGAGGAUAACACAAGAAAAGCCAGUGGCAGCAGGUCAUCAGCGUGUCUCCUACUCUGAGCAGGGCAGCUUCAGUGAGCCCUCCCCUGGCCUGAAUGAGUCACCUGAUCAGCACUUGCCAGGGAACAAGAGCUAAUCCAGCAGCCAAUCCACCAGUCGUGUUACUCGUCAUGCCGCUAUACCGAAGUAAAACUCUCUGACGUUAUUGCAGCCCUUGCUGGUUAAUGACAGAUCACGGACCAUGGACAUUAGGCUACCUGACCUAAAUAAACUCUCCAAAUGUCAAAUCAUUGGAUAGUCCUACUUGAGUUGAAUGUAUUGAAAUGUUUUUUUUUCUUUGGUUCAAUCUUAUUAGCUCAUAUUUGUAUUAUUAAAGAGAUUGUAAAAGCUUCGUCUUUUCUGAAUUUUUGUCUUUAUGGACAGAAAUGUCUUGUACUCUGAAAGAGUGUUUCUGCUGUUCUGCUUACGGCUGGUGGUGGAACACAUUAGACUUCCUCUCACUAUACAGAAGUAAAAAAGCCCAUGUGUGUCUGCCAUUUUGCCAUGGCUGCCUGCACCAGAGUACUAUAGUACUAUGGGAUACCUUUCACAAAUCUUUUUUUUUUUGGCAUAUAAAAAUGUACCGGAGUGCUCCUAGAUGAUCAAGAGCGAUUGGAUGUGAUAUUGCGUUACCAUGACAGCACACUGUGACACCCCCCACCCUACCCCCUUAGACAACAAAGAAUUAGUGAAAAAUAAUGUUGACCAUCAGGGGAGGAAAAGAGGAGAGAGAGAGACCGUGUACA